CCUUCCCAUAGAUACACUUCCAUUCAACUCAAACAUGGCCAAGUUCCAAGUUAUCCUCGUCGUUGCUGCUCUCAGCUUGUUGGCCGUUUCUGAAGCCCAGAAGCAGCGCUAUUCGCAGCGCUUGAGCCGCGGACGUUCGAGGUAUUCCGCUCGCCAGGAGCUGGCUCCAGCGGACGGUGCUGAUCCGGAUGCUGUGACGCCCUAUCCUUCGGCUGACGAACUGAAACCGGAAGUGCCCUUCGAUGAGGCUGCGGCUCCCUCAGCCGUGGAGCCCACACCGGAUGCCGUUUACGGACCGCCAGACGCCGCGCCCAACAACGUUCCCGACGAGGUGUACGGCCCACCAGACGUGACCGGAAACGAUCUGCCCGCAGCCGCUGACAUUCCGGCCGAGCAGCAGGCUCGCUUGGUGGCUGCCAGGAGGGCGUCUAACUACAGGAGAGUCGCUCAGCCCUUGGCCUAUCGUCGUCUGGCACGUCCGGCGAAGUUGAGCGCUGCCCGCUCUAACGUGCGACGUUUCUAGAUGAAAUGCAAGCAGCCAACUCAAUACAAAAACCCAUGACGAUCCAAGCCAGCCACGAUGACGACAAAGGCCCAGACCCAAAACACUUUUACUCACCUGAAACAACCGACAUUCACAUGAAAACCUUACUCGAUUAUAAUAUAAAGCAAAUAAAUCAUGACCUGACAUA